AUGAAUACAAGACUAAUAAUUGUUUUCUUUAGUUUCUGUUUUGUCUCUUACUACGUGGACAGACAGGACUUGACAACAUAUUUACAGUACAACGAAUUUCUGGAGGAAUACGAAGCCAAAAUAUUUGCUGCACAAGUGGCUUCGGCCAUUACGUUUAUUCAUAACAAAGGAAGAAUUCACCGGGACAUUAGCUCUAGCAACAUCAUGUUAAAUAAAACCAAAGGAGCACAGUUAAUCGAUUUCGGUCUGUGCACAUAUGAACGAAAUACCAAAGACUAUUGCGGGAGUUUGUUCUAUCUUUGUCCAAAAAUUCUUGACAAGAAACCGUACGAUGCUUACUGCGAUUGGUGGGCAUUUGGAAUCAUAUUACACCAGAUGUUAAUUGGACAAACUCCAAUGGAAAUUUAUUUGAAAAAAAUUAACAAUAUUAACAAUACGGACCCGACGUCACUUAUCGAGAUAGCCAAAAUGGCUCAAAAUGUUCAGUUGCAGUAUGCUAUGGGACUGUCGAUGAAUUGCCGUAGACAUGAUCGAGGAUCUACUACAAAAGGAUCCGAACAAACGUCUUCAAGAAGGAGACAUCCGAAUACACAGAUUUUUUGAUGAUGUCUUUUA